AUGACGUCAUUCAAGUUUCGUCCUCUAGAUGAGGCAGACGCGAUCAGGCUUUUGAUUCUCUAUCCUUCCCACGAGACAACAGCGCCCCUAUCUGGCUCCCUGAUCAACACCACUCUGUCUGCAUGCGACUCAGACUUCGCCAAAGGCUAUCUGGCUCUCUCGUAUGUAUGGGGAAAACCAGCCAGCACAUCGUCUAUCCAGAUUGACGGGAUCGACGUGAGAAUCACGGACAAUUUGGCGGAAGCUUUGACUCAAGUCCGCAAUGCCUACCCCGGAGCCCCCCAGCGAAUCUGGGCCGAUGCUCUCUGUAUCAACCAGUCGAACACUGCAGAAAAGAAUAGACAAGUGCCGCUCAUGGGCAACAUCUACUCUCUUGCCAAGACCACAACCAUCUAUCUUGGCCCCUUAUCACCCGGGAUCGAGACGAUCUUCAAGGCCGUUCACGACAGUAAGCCAGGAUUCGUCACCGUCGACGCCGCGGGAGACUCCCGGAUCGCGCUGGCAAAAGAUCUGCAGCAGCUGAAGAAGUUUGACGUGAAAGGCGGCUCAGAACCCCCGGCCGCCGCCAUCGACGAGCUGCUUCAACGGCCAUGGUUUACCCGCGUAUGGGUCACCCAGGAGCUUCUUCUAUCCCGCGACGCAUGGGUCCAGUGCGGUGCUCUUCGCGUGAGAUGGAGAGAAAUCGGUGCGCUUCUGGUUCCCAUUCUGGACCGAACAAAAGGAAAAGGCAGCACCGCUUUGCAACAGAUGCAAUCACUGAACUUGGAGGAGAAGAAGGACCCCAAGGACCGCGAAAGGGCGAGGUAUCUCAGGAAAGUUGGCAAGGCAUCAGAAGAACUUGUCCCCUCACUCUCACACAUCCUGCGGAUGAGACAGGGAUGCCGCGCCUCCGAUCCUAGAGACAUGAUCUUCGCAUAUAUGGGUAUGCAUGCCGACCGGGAGGAAGUCGCCGAGUUCUUCACCGUGGACUACGAAAUGCCGCUGAGGCAGCUUCUCAUUUCGACCGCCAGGUAUAUCCUCCAACGCGACGGACCGGAAGUGCUACUCCGCUGUGCCAAGCACUCACCUACCAACAACUGGUUGAACCUGCCUUCGUGGGUGCCUCAUUGGGGGAUCCAUGAAUGGUCGCAAGCGACGAGCAAUACAAAUGCCACGAUAUCGGAGGAUGAGAGUUUAUUCUGCCCCGUGGAGAAAGGUGAAUGUACCCCAUAUUCGCCUCUUCGGGAUCCCAAGUUUAUUCGAUACGUCAACCCUAUCCUUCCUCGCCCACAAGACGUCCCUCAGUGCGUAGUGGAUUUUGUCAAAAGAGCCGCCUACGCUUUGAAUGAAUACAAGGAAACGCCUUGGAAAGAGCUCCUAGAAGCGGAGAAUCUUUCUUUCUGGAGAGACCUGGACAUUAGGUCGUCCGAAACGCAGGACCCCAGCCCGAUCAGGCUCUUCCCAGACAGCUUAUGGGACUUGGCUGCGGAAGAUGAGAGAGAAUACCCACGAUUAGAUGGGACCUUUACGAAGGACAGAGGAUUCGACUAG